AUGAAAGUCGUAUUUCUAGCGUGUUUAUUUGCCUUUGUGAGUACACACAGACGUUAUUACGAUGUAUUACCGAUUGAUAUGUUAGCUUUAGCCAAAAAACCCGAGGAACUGAAUAAAUUUAUGGACUGUUUGCUUGAUAGAGGCCGUUGCAAUGAUGCAUACAUAGGUUACAGGGUAUAUACUCCUCAAUCCGUUCGGGAAUCUUGUAAAAGAUGUACAACCGAUCAGAAAAUAUUUGUCUACUUAUUCUUGGAAACUCUUAAAAGAUUACUACCAAAGAGUUACCACGAAUUUAGACAUAAAUAUGACCCACAUAAUGAAUACUUUGACGACUUAGAGGCUGUAGUAUAUAAAUACAAAUUUGAACCGUGUCAAUAA